CUACCAUUCAUUACUACCAUUCAUAAUAGUAUGAAAGAAUAUAGUAUUCAUUCAUAGUAUUAUACUGUCAUCGCGUUAAGUCCCUACUAGCGACCACUGGUUUUCUGGGUAUUAACUAAACGUAUUUUGGUUAGUCACAAAGUUGGCUUGUGAUCCUCAAUGUACUUCUAUACCCUUCGGUAAUAUUAUGCAUCGAUAUUCUUAACAACGCUGAAGAAGACCGUAUGUCGGCUAACACAGUUCAAUUUAAUAUUUCAACUUUUUCUAAAAAAUGUGCAUCGUAUGCAUAACUAGAUAAACAAAGAAGUGAAAGUUAAUAAACAAAUAAUUCUUACCGACACUUAAAUCGAUUGUGUGUGCAUUUUGAGUUAUUCUAAAUUCUAUUCACGUUAGCAUCACGUUGAUUGCUUUGACGUGUUUUGGGCGUGUGUGUUACUCGUGUCAUCGCGAAAUUUAGAUUAAUUUUUGUUAAAUAAACCAAGUGUUAAAGAAAAUCAAUCAAAAUGUGCGCAAAAAUGGCUUUUCAACACCAAGCGGGCACCGCGAUGGAAUGCCUGAGUAUACCAAUAACUUUGCAAAAAGAAACAGAAGUUAAUGAGAAUGGAGAAGAAGUGAUGAAAUGUGGAUUUAAAAUUGGAGGUGGAAUAGACCAAGAUUAUCGAAAGAGUCCGCAAGGAUAUACGGAUAAUGGUAUAUAUGUAACUGAAGUUCACGAAGGAUCACCAGCAGCUAAAAGCGGUCUUAGAAUGCACGAUAAAAUUCUACAAUGUAAUGGAUAUGAUUUUACAAUGGUUACUCAUAAAAAAGCUGUCUCUUACAUAAAGAAACAUCCAGUAUUAAACUUAUUGGUGGCACGUAAAGGCGUAACCAGUACUUAAGUUGGACCAAACGAAAAAUAUAAAAUAAUAUUUAUUUCAUAUUUCAUUUUGACAUAAAAUUCAUUCAUUUGUGCAUCGUGUCAGAUUAAUAUCAGAUAACGAAUAACAAUUUCAAACUUAUUAAGAUCAGAGUAUGUUCAAGAUAAUGUAUAUCAAUUGAUUCUACAUUAGUAUGAGAAAGGAAAAGAAAAUUUGGAAAGAUCAAAUGUAAACAAGAAUUUUUGAAAAUGUAUAAACUGUUUUAUGAUAUGAAACAUCAUUAUAUAAUUACUAAAAUUUAAAAUCAUUGAAUGACACGAUGCAAUGUGAUGUUUUCCGUGUUCUAAAGACUUUAUUCUUGGUAACAAUAAUUUAGUUUUAUUAGAUAAUCAUGAAUACUUUUAAAUAAUUAAUAAGUCUCAGUAUCAGGCAUAAAUUUAUUGUUGUUAUAUUUUAUUGUUGUUGAUAAGAAAAAGAAAGAAAAUACGAAUUAUAUGUACACAAUUUCUAAUGUGCACCAGUAAUGUUACUAAUAAUAUGAAUUUGGUACGUUAAGAAGAGAGAAAAACGAUUCAGAUUAUACUAAAUGAAACAAAAGAAUAAGAAAUUUAUACAGAAUUUUACAGAAUUUUUCACAUAUAUCAAAAAUGGUGCCAAAUUUUGUCAACUUAUUACCAAUUUUUUACUUGUAUAAUUAUUAAGUAAUACUCAACAGAAAUAAUUAUAUACAUUUAUAU